GGGCCAAACAUGGCUGCGCCCGCGACUGGCAGCGGAGCGUUCGAAAGCUGGCUAAAUGAUCGACUAGACUCUCUGGAAGUGGACCGAGAGGUGUACGGAGCGUACAUUUUAGGGGUCCUGCAAGAAGAAGAGAGUGACGAGGAGAAAGGAGAUGCGCUUCAAGGAAUCCUGUCCGCAUUUUUGGAGGAGGACACACUUGAAGAUGUAUGCAAACAGAUCAUAAAACAAUGGUCAGAGUGCAAUGCCCAGUCAACAGCCAAACAAGAUGCUGAUGAUGCUGAGGUACAGACCAUCGCCAACAUGAUAGAGAAACAGGCGCAAAUUGUGGUGAAACAGAAGGAGGUGUCUGAAGAUGCCAAGAAGAGGAAAGAGGCCCUCUUGGCUCAAUAUGCCAAUAUUACAGACAACGAGGAUGAAGGUGAAGAGGAAGAGACAACAAACGGAGCUAAUUUUUGUGGAGGUGAAAAAUCCCUGUUCAAGAACACGAAUGUAGAGGUGGUUCUCAAUAGACAAAAGCAAAAGCGGGAACAGGCUCGUGAAGACGCUCAAAAGAAGAAGGAGACGGACAAGAUGCAGCGGGAGAAGGACAAACUAGCCAAGCAGGAGAGGAAAGACAAGGAGAAGAAGCGCACACAGAAAGGUGAACGUAAAAGAUAAAUCUGAAAGGGACGGAGAAAGGACACUGGACAUGAAAGGUUUUGUUACCGGUCAAAUUAAAAAGAAACAAUAAUUGAUGCGUCUUUUUCUAUGACUACGACUGCACCCGACCCAUUCUGUCAUCCUGGACUCUAGAGUAUGUGUAGAGAAUAGCCUAUCAACUGUUGUGUAGCUCUAAAGCGCAGGCCACUUGUGUUCUUUUCAUCUAGCUUUUUAACUGAGAAUGGAACGCUUUUCUACAGGGACAAAACAACCAGUCAGUACAGUACAUGCCCUCACCUGGAAUCAGUCAAGUCUUCAGUUGUACUUGUUCAGAAGUCUUUAAUGUACUAGUUUCACUAUGUGUGAAACUAGGCCAAUGUGCUGAUGAUCCAACUGAAAUGUAGCAUAACAUUGCAUGCUUUGCCCAAGUCUUGAAGUAAGUACCCCUGAAAGGCUCAAAGUAAACUACAUUUCUAAAAUGAGUUGAUCAUUGAACAUUACAAAAUUACAAAACAAAAUGCUCAUGGGAUUGUGACAUUUUCAUGAAAUAGAUGAUGCUUUUGUUGCUUUACACUGUCAAUAUGUUGAAAAUGUCCUUUUCUCUCUUCAGCUCCACCUCUGAGUGAAGACUUAUGCUCAUGUCAGUUUUGUACACAUACUUAGAUUUAGUCCCUGUGCUUCUCCUUUUACUGUCUAUGCACAUUUGGAUGAGACAAAGAAAAACAGUGGUCACUACAUCGCAGUAUACCUCAAAUACACCCCAGACCAUGAUGGAAUGUUUGAAAUCAAGUUUAUUUCAACAUCUUCAAACUAAUAAAUGCAUUUAAAA